GUCCCUGACAUUCCACAGUAUCCUGGAGACUGAAGCUGGGCAGCCUGAAGACCUUCAGAGGAGGCCUCUCCUUCAGCCGGAGGGAACAUGGCAGCGAACCGAAGCGCGGGGACCCUCUGCUUUGUCCUCCUGCUGUGCUGCUGGCACGAAGCAGAGCUCCAGCCGGUCAACAUGACUUCAGGUCCAACUACUGAAAUGUCACCGAGUUCGAAAAAUCAGGAUAUUCCCUCAAUAUUCGAUGAAAUUCUAGUCCAGGAGAUUUUGGAGCCAAAUAAAUCAACAUUAGUUGAAACACCAAGUAUGGAAUCAGCAUUAACAACAAGUGUACCCAAGGGGAAAAAUGCUGGUACUGAUGAAAAUUAUCAAGCUGGCAGUUCUGACAAUUAUCACGAAUUAUUAGAAAAUUUACAUCUCUCUUCUGGCAAUGAGGACAAAGUUUCCAAUAAGGAAGCCAGUGCUGAGAAUCUCCACAUCACGAAUUCUGAGAAAGACCAGGACUCACAAUUGUCUUCUGGCCUCGAAAGGACAACCUCCAGCAAAGGAGGGAAGAAUUCAGGAGCUGAUCAAUAUAAAAGACUAUCAGUUCUGGACAAAAUCCUUCAAAAUAUGAGAAGAUCUACAGGAAACUUUUUCCGGUAAAGAGGAGCAGAGGGCCACGCUCGGAGCAGAGCACGGCGCAGCCAGGGAGGGGCCCGAGGCAGGUCCCCGAGCAGGAGCUGCCGGAACCACCCUCCCCCACCCUUAGGAAUAAAGGCGUAUAUGCACACAGCUCGUGUCGUCAGCC